UCGCAACGUCAAAAUGUCAAAGUCCAAACAACAAGCAAGCAAAUCCCGUGCCACCAAAUUAUCCGACGAGCAGAUCGAAGAACUGCGGGAGGCAUUCUCCCUGUUUGACACCAACGCGGACGGGACCAUCACGAGCGGUGAGCUCGGAACGGUGCUGCGUUCGCUCGGCAAAAACGUUUCCGACGCCGAGGUGGAAGAACUGCUGAAGGAGGUGAACGCCGGCUACGACGGUCGCAUUCAGUUCGCGGACUUUGUUGCGAUGAUGUCGGUCCGGUUGCAGGAUUUCAACAGUGAGGACGAACUGAGGGAGGCAUUUCGGAUUUUCGAUCGCAACGGGAACGGGUUGAUUUCGGCCGAGGAACUUCGGGCGGCGCUGAAAUCGUUCGGUGAGCAGCUCAGCGACGAAGAAGCCAACUGCGACGGACAGAUCGACUACGAAGAGUUUGUGAAGAUGAUUACCCAGAAAUAGCACCAAGGGGGGCGGCCGUUAACGGAAAUAAACUGUGCAACUUGACGAUAUUGAGUAACUUUUGUAAUUAUUAUUUUUUUAAGUUUUAACUGCUUCCGAAGAUUGCUUUUUUUGCUGCAACUUCGGUUGCGUGCUAAACGCAAUCAUGGCUUGAAAGCAUCGUGUGAUGUUUUGUCGCAAACUAUGGGCAUUUGUAUAGUUUUUAAGUAAAACGGUGCCAGCGAGAAGGUGCUCCGGAAAAAAAACAAUAUCAAACUGUAAUUGAAUCGAUAAGUUGCCCUUCCUGGGUGGGCGGGGAGUAAGCGAAUGAGGGCUGUAUAUUGUCACGUUUAAUCUAGAACUUACUCUGCAUGGGAAGGAAAAACGAAGACAAUUAAUAUUUAUAACUUUUCUGGCUUUCAAUGCCACGCCAAAGAAGUUGUUUCCUACUCAUUUCGUGACAAACAAGCGCGGGUUUUGUCGACUAUGGCACAUUACAGUAAAUUGCUGAACCGCAAUAUUUUGCUGAUAUAUAUUUCACUAUCGAACUACUUACGAUUUAUGAGCCGUUUGAAGCCAUAAAACCAAAUAGCCCCUCUAUUCAGAUUUGUGACACGGUUACACUAACCUGUAAGUAAACAAAACAGAUAUUUGAUCAUAACAGCAGACUGGUUAGGGGUUAUAUAUCUGAUAAUGAUUAUCUAUUCUAAUUAACUGAUACAAUCGCUCCGCUGCCAUAAAUAACAAAUCUGUGAACGUGUCUGCGGGGGAUAUUUAUAUAUUAAUUUGCACGAUGGUGUUGAUUAUACCGAGUCCAACGAUUUGGUGAUAAACAGGAAAGGAUGCAAUGUUUGCUUACCAUUAUAGAAAUAGUUUCCCAAGAAGCCAGUGAGGCUAAUUAUUACGAAAAAAACAAAAGGUUGUAUGCAAGACACGAUCGAGCACAAUUACAUUAAACAUGAAACAAUUCUAAGGUUCCCAUAAUAAAUACAAAAAUAAAGAUGAUAAGGGAUACACUGAACUGAAAACUUUUUCAAGUGACUAAUAAGAAACUUUCACUAGUUUAAGCGCUUAGAUUGGUUGCGAAUGAUAAAAUUGACAUUUAAAUUAUUUCAUGAUAAUUAAUAUUAUUCUAUUUUUAUCAUCAAGUUUUUGAAGUAUCUAUGAUUAUCAUCAUAACACAACUUUGAACUGAAUCCAUUCGCAAGCCACCGUUAUGCUCGUAUAUAAAUGGAGAUUCCAGUAUGCACACUACCUAAUUUUGAUGCAUACAAUAUUGAAGUGCUCUCGUUGAAUGUCCGAAAAAUCUACGGCCUGUUAGUUGCCGGAAAUUGGUAUUCAAUAUACUCAAGUGAACAAAAGCGACUAUCCAACUGUCAGUUUUGUCAUCCACUCACCAGCCGAACUACUUGCCUCGCUCACAGCCAAGCGCUGACUGGCAAAAUAUGUAUCAGUGCAUAUAUUCAUAGAUGCCUUUUUAAGCAAUACACCGUGAAAAAGAUGCACCUACAAGUAAAUACUUCUGUAGUACUCAGAACGUUAGUAGAAAAGUUAUGUAAAAUUUGGUGUUGUUACAGGAAAAUAAAAGAAGAUAACUAAGUAAGUUGAAUCAAAUUCUAUUUUAUUUUUGUAUUGAGUUUAACGUGUAGUUCGUACUGAUUGGCUCGUGAAAAUAGAAGUCAACUGAAACCGAUUUAUCAAUGAUAUGCUAUUGCAAUAUUUGAACGACGUUACCUCAUAAGUUUAGGUUGAAUGGUUCCGUAUCGAUCGGCAGUUAAAUUAUAUAAAUCCAUCGACAAAUGACAAAUGAGUUAUAGGCGCUCAAAAUUAUGACAGAAAAAUGUAACCCGGUUAGUUUCGCAUUUUUUUAAUUGACAUAACGACUGUCCUAGAAAGUAUGGACGCACUUUGAUUUCGCUGUAAAUAAUUCACAAGUGUUAGAUAUUCAAAUUUUAUUCGAUAUACUGAUAAUAUUAGACUAGAACAACAGAAUAUUAUUCUCAACAUUUGCUACUUAGCCAUUGUAGACUAGCUGGCGCACCUUCUUGCGAACGUUCCUCAUUAAAUUCCGUACAGACUUCUUGGUUUGACACUUUUUUCCAAUC